GACGUCGCCGCCGCUCCAACUGGUGUGGAAUUGGUUUGCUGUCUGCUAUUCGUAGUAUAAAUUCUGAGAGUGCUUAAUUGACUUCGCUCUUUUUCUACCCAACCGUUGAGAAGUGUGGACGUGUUUCUGCUUCUGGCCAAAUCGCUCGCAUUUUGUGUUGAGAAUUGUGUGUGUGACCAAACCGACUAAAAGUAAGCUGGCUGGCAAUCUGUCACAAUUAAAGGUUCAAUUGAAAAUAAGAAAAAUAAUAUAGGAAACAGCUAAGUGAAUUUACGGAGUGCAAACGCCGUGUACAUUUGGGAAUCUACUAGGCGAAUUCACGCAAAAUAUUGUGUUACAUAAAAACGUUCGGAGCACGGCAGACUGUAUUUUGCAAAUUAAAUUUUCAGAAGAUUAGUGUUAAAUUAACAUCCGUGUUUGGUGCUCGUACUGAACCUGCUGUCGCUGUCGCUGCCUCCAACGUCAUUUCGCUAGAAAAACGCUUCAUCAUUUGCGAAAAAUCAAUUAGUUUCUCACUGCCCUUUACAGUUGCAACAAUAAUAAGCAGUAGUACAUCAUUUGUCAAUCUUCAACAGCAUAUCCACUUAUACAAUCGCUACACGCAACUAAAAAGCUACAACAUGCCGCAAUCAUCAGCUGCUGUUACAAACGGUUACUCCAACGGCUGCAAUGGAAGAACAACCGAUUCCUAUGACAUGGAAGAUGGACAGACAUUCCUUUUUACCUCUGAAUCAGUGGGCGAGGGUCAUCCCGAUAAAAUGUGUGAUCAAAUCAGUGACGCUAUUUUGGAUGCACACUUGAAGCAGGAUCCCAACGCCAAAGUAGCAUGCGGUAAUGAUUUGAAAUAUUUUUAAAAAUUUGUAUAAGUU